AACAGUAGUCUUUGUUCAAUUCCAGGGACAAUGUCAAAUGUCAGAGCCAACCACAAUAAUUUUCAAAUUUGUUUGAAAACAUAAGUUUCAUGCCUGGAAGUUGGCAAAAGAUCCCUUUGAUUUGUAGGGAAUUCCAAAGUAGACAAAACUUAUAUAAAAAUCAAUAAAAAACAAUAUUGCAAUUAAAAUAGAAUAGAAGGGAAGGAGGAUGGGAAGGGAAGGUGAUAGAAUAAGGAAACAUCCAAUGGUUUUAUCUAUUUUCCGUGGUCUUAGGAGGUGACAGAUUGGCUGGAGAGCCGGAGAGGAGAAUGAGAUGGAGAUAGGCGGCGGAUUCAUUUGACCACUGAUUUCGGUGAUUUCGAUCAUUCCUCUCGUUUUAUCUCUCUCUCUCUCUGCGCGGCGGAUUCUAUUCAAUCUGCUGUGGCCCUCGGUUUCUGCAUCCGGUUCGGGGAACUCGGAUCAGUACCUGCCUUCUACUUCGUUGCCUAUUUUAUUUCUGAUUUUUGCGGUUUUGGGAACGCCUAGUUCGAGAUUUGGGUUGUUUGGGCGGAGUUUGAAGGGAAUACAAGCGUUGUUCGGUGCUUUGGAGGAGACCUAGAUCGAGAUUUGGGUGAUUCUGGAAUAAAGUUGAGAUUUUUAAGGGUUUUUUUCGUGUUCGGAAGAAGACCCAGAUCGGGAUUUGGCUGAGUCCUUCUGUGAUCCUUGGAGAUGUCUGGAGUGCAAGAGCCUCUUGAGAUUAAGUUUAGAUUGUUUGACGGAUCUGACAUCGGUCCCAAGAAGUAUGCUCCUGCUACAAGUGUUGCCACCCUCAAAGAAAGCAUCAUUGCUCAGUGGCCAAAAGUGCUGCUGAUUCAGAACUCUUCAACAAAAUGGUGUCUAAUGACAGGGAAGGAGAAUGGUCCAAGAACUGUGAACGAUCUUAAGCUGAUUAAUGCAGGGAAAAUAUUAGAGAACAAUAGAACUUUAGCCGACUGCAGAAGCCCAAUGUAUGAAUUUUCUGGAGUUACAACCAUGCAUGUUGUUGUUCGCCCCCCUUCUUCUGAAAGAGGGACUGAGAAGAAGGUAUUGAGCAAGCCAAAAGAGAACAAAUGUGGUUGCAGUAUCUUGUAAUAUGCUCUUUCCAGAAAGGUACAGGAAGAUCAGCUGGUUGCUUCGCUCAAUUAUCUUGUCUUGUUUCUUUGGUUCAUGGGAUUACCAACACCGAUGGAAGUUUCUCCGCAUUGAAUGUGGUGUUGGAUCUGGCACAACAUAGACUCCAAAGUGGCUCAAGUCUCAUAUAAGCAUAAGCAUUGAUAGGACAUUCAAAGAUUUCAAAAUUUUGAUCCAAUUUAGAUCUUUGUGCGAGUGGUGGUCUUUUUGAUAAAUUGUUGUUAUUAUGUACAUUUCAUAGUAAUCAAUUGCUUACAUCCCCAGACUGUAUACAUUUCUUCUGCCUUUUUCUUUUCACUUCAAUUUCAGGCAGCAUAUCUAUGAUUAAUAGCAAUUGGAGUUCUGGAGCAAAAGUAAUGUUUUGCAUAAGAUAUUAAUGAUGAAUCAUGAAUUGUCCCUAUAUCAUGCCUCAGCAAAGCUGCUACAAAGAUUUCCUCCCCUUUCCCCUUGCAGAAUCCAUUCCAGUAAAGUUUCAUACUGAUUAGCUCGUCUUGCACGGUUGAACACAAACAAUCAAUUUGAGAUUAAUCUCCAUGCUUUCAGAGCCCCAUUUAUUUGUGUUUUUUAUGCCCUGUCAUCGGAAGCGACCGAAUACUAAGAAAGCCUUGUGAAAUUCUAAAUCCUGAAACCAAGGUAGUGUUCUAUAAAUAAACCUUGAAAGAUCUUGUGAUUGAUGAAUACGAAAAUAUGAUGUAAGAUAUACUGCACUCUUUAUUUUAGGGUUUAAGAAAAGAACUAAAAGAAAACCACUAAUUGCAUCACAUUCAUCUGGUUUUUGGUAUAACUAUUAAGAGAUUUUACUAACAAAAUAAUCUAAAAUAACAAUAAAGACUGGGUUA